AUGCAGGCACUCAGGUCUCAGUUAAUCCCUCAGUGGUCUUCAGAUGUGCGUCUAGAAGGGAAGACAGCUAUAGUGACGGGGGCCAAUGUUGGAAUAGGCAAAGAGACGGCCAAAGACCUGGCUGGCAGAGGGGCGCGGGUGAUUUUGGCGUGCAGAGACAUGGCGAGGGGGGAGCAGGCGGCUCGGGACAUCAUGAGGGAGGUGAAGGGGGCAAAGGUCGUGGCCAGGCAUCUGGACCUGGCCGACACCAAAUCCAUCUGCCUGUUCGCUGAGAAUAUCUACAACAAUGAGAAGACUCUUCACUUCCUGAUCAACAAUGCAGGCGUGGCCAUGUGCCCGUACGCCACCACAGUGGAUGGGUAUGAGAUGCAGUUUGGAGUCAAUCACCUAGGUCAUUUCUUCCUAACCUUCCUGUUACUGGACCUUCUGAAGCACUCGGCCCCAUCCCGGGUCAUCAACUUGUCCUCAUUAGCUCACAACAUGGGCAAGAUCCAGUUUGAUGACCUGAGCGGAGACAGAGCCUACCACCCGGUCAAGGCCUACGCUCAGAGCAAGCUGGCCAACGUGCUGUUCACCAGUGAGCUGUCCAAAAGGACUGAGGCUCUAGGUGUGAUGGCUUACUCUGUGGACCCUGGCAUGGUGAACACUGAAAUAACGAGGCACCUGGGGCGCCCUCUUGUGGCCAUGACCAAGACCAUCGCUUUCCUGAUGAAGACCCCGGCAGAGGGAGCCUACACCAGCAUCUACUGCACCGUCACUCCUGAGAGCCAGCUGCUCACUGGAGGAUACUACAAGGACUGUGCCGGUGCAGAGAGCUCCCGGGCCGGACAGGAUGAUGGCACCGCUUUGAAGCUGUGGGCUGUGAGCUGCCACAUGCUAGGCAUCCGCUGGAGAUAAACUCGUAUUAAUUUGCUCUCCUACAGGCUUUGAAGCACUGUAUACGAGCACAUAAAUAUAUCCUUAAUAUGAACAGAUAUUAUG